GGCCUGACCCCCCCGUUGGACGGCGCCACGGACGAGGCCCUGCGCGAGACCGCGCGGAAGUUCGUCGAGCGCUCCGCGACGCUCGCGACCGACGGAUUCAUCGUGUACGACAUCCAGCCCGAGGAGGGCCGCACGCCGGAGCCGAGGCCGUUCCCGUUCCGCAAGCUCGACGACCCCGCGCACUUCGCGUCCGUCCUGAAGGACGUCAGCGGGAAGGAGUCCGUGGUGUACAAGUGCGUCGCCGAGAGCGACAAGGGCGGGUUCGAUAAAUGGCUGAAAGCGUCCAUCGACGAGCACGGCGUGCACGCGUACAACCUCGUCGGCGGCGCGUCGAGCGCGAACCAAUACAGCGGCCCGACGAUCCCGGAGGUGGCGAAGAUGCUGAACGCGCGCAAAGAGUGCGCGCACGGCGGCGUCACGAUCGCCGAGCGGCACAUCAAGAAGGGAAACGAGCACGAGACGCUCGUGAGGAAAGCCGGGUUGGGGAUGCGUUGGUUCAUCUCCCAGGCGAUCUACGACCCGGAGCCGAUGAUCAAGCUCCUGAAAGAGUACGGCGCGCUGUGCAGAGAGAAGAAAAUCGAGCCGAAGCGCGUCGUCCUGACGUUCGCGCCGUGCGGCCGCGAGAAGACCAUGCGGUUCAUCAAGUGGCUCGGCGUGACCGUCCCGGAGGAGAUUCUCGAGGCGGAGAAUAAGGUCGGGAAGAGCGUGGACCUCCUGUGCGCGAUGUGCAAGAGGAUUCUGGAGGAGACGAAAGGGUGCGGCGUCCCGCUUGGCGUCUCCGUCGAGUCCGUGUCAAUCUUUAAGAACGAGAUCGACGCCGCGCACGAGCUGUUCCGCCGGACGCAAUCGAUGCUU